GUGAGCGACAGCAGAGCUGCAGUGGAGACGUGUGUGUGUGUGUUUCUGUCUACACAAACAUUCAGCUGAAUCCAGCAGGUUUCCAUCAGCAACUGGUGAGUUCACUGACCUACAGAGACGACAGGAAACUGAAGAUUCCGUCAUAAGAGUGUAGACAUGGCUGCUGCCAACUGUCUGCUGACUGAAGAUCAGUUCCUGUGCUCCAUCUGUCUGGAUGUCUUCAGCAAUCCAGUCAGCACACCAUGUGGACACAACUUCUGUAAAACCUGCAUCACUACACACUGGGAUACUAAUGUCCCGUGUCAGUGUCCAAACUGUAACAAGGUUUUCCACACCAGACCGGAGCUGUUUGUCAACACCUUCAUCUCUGAGAUGGCUGCUCAGUUCAGACAGUCAGCUCAACAGAAAGCCAGCAGCAGCAGCAGCUCAGAGCAACAAGUUUCCAAACCAGGAGAAGUUCCCUGUGACAUUUGUGCUGGAACCAAACUGAAGGCCCUGAAGUCCUGCCUGGUGUGUCUGGUCUCCUACUGUGAGACUCACCUGGAGCCUCAUCUGACAAGAUCAGGCCUGAAGAAACAUCAGCUGAUCGACCCUGUGGAGAACCUGGAAGGCAGGAUGUGUCUGAAGCACGAUAAACUGCUGGAGCUGUUCUGUAAGGAUGACCAGACAGGCGUCUGCAUGCUCUGCACAGACCACAAGACGCAUGAUGUUGUUCCUCUGAAAGAAGAAUAUGAAGGAAAGAAGGCCGAGCUGGGGAAGACAAAGGUUAAAAUGCAGCAGAUGAUCCAGAAGAGACGACUGAAGAUUGAGGAGAUCAAACGCUCUGUGAAGCUCAGUGCAAAAGAUGCAGACAGAGAGAUAGCAGAUGGUGUUCAGGUCUUCACCGCUCUGAAGGAGUCUGUUGAGAGAAGCCAGGCCGAGCUCAUCGACACGAUCAAAGAGAAGCAGAGAAAGACAGAGAAACAGGCUGAAGGCUUCAUCAAAGAGCUGGAACAGGAAAUCUCUGAGCUGAAGAAGAGAAGCACUGAGGUGGAGCAGCUCUCACGCUCUGAAGAUCACGUCCACCUCCUCCAAAGCUUCAUGUCCCUGAACACUGCUCCACCCACCAAGGACUGGACCAAAGUCAGCAUCCUUCCACCUUCACAUGUUGGGACUGUGAGGAGAGCUGUGAAUGAGCUGGAGGAGACGAUCAACAAACAGAUGCAGACGCUCUUCGCCAAAGUUGAGCUGCAGAGGGUCCAGCAGUAUGCAGUGGAUGUGACACUCGAUUCUGAUACCGCACACCCCAAACUCAUCCUGUCUGAUGAUGGGAAACAAGUUAAACGUGGUGAUUUAAAGAAGAAUCUCCCAAACAAUCCAGAGAGAUUUGAUUAUUGUGUUAAUGUCUUAGCAAAGCAGAGUUUCUCUUCAGGAAGAUUUUAUUUUGAGGUUCAGGUUAAAGGGAAGACGAAGUGGACUGUAGGCGUGGUUGGAGAGUCGAUCAACAGGAAGGGAAACAUCACACCGAGCCUUCAGAAUGGUUACUGGACGAUAUCAUUGAGGAACGACAAUGAGUACUAUGCUCUUGCUGAUCCUGCAGUCUGUCUCUCUCUGGAGUCUCAGCCUGAGACGGUGGGGGUGUUUGUGGAUUUUAAGGAGGGCCUGGUCACUUUUUAUGAUGUUGAUGCUCCAGAUGUUAUCUGCAGCUUUACUGGCUCCACCUUUUCUGAAAAACUCUACCCAUUCUUCAAUCCUGGUCCUAAUCAUGAUGGUCAGAACUCUGCCCCACUGAUCAUCUCUCCUGUCAAUCGCUAAGUAGAACAUUUGAUUUACUACAACAAGAAAUUACUUGUUGGGAUUGCAAGAACUUUUUUUCCACCCCUAUUCUGUAGAUAAAAACAGAAUGCAACUAUUUGUAAAUCUCUUUUGGAUUCAGAAAGACUUGUCUGGAUGAAAUGUUUUCAUUUUAACCAAAACCAUGAUCUUAUUCAUAAACGUCGGGCCUGUAUCAGGAAGCGGGAUUAAUGUCUCAGCGAGGGAACUUCAGGGUUAACCCUGGGUUUUUGGUCUCACGAAGCUGGUUCAGUUCUUAUCGGGGUAGAUCACCAUGGUAACUUACUGUGAACGGUUAUCCUGCUCCGGAGCAGGGUAAGUUCAGGGUUGAAUCUGAUCCUAUAAAAAGCACCACCCACUGGCCAAUCAGCUGUUGAUGGCUGACAGAAAUGCAGCCCAGUCAUGACGGGAAGUUUAAUUCAUUUGAUUGAUUUUGAUUUGAAAGUUUAUUUUGAACAUUAAAAAGAAAAGAAAGCAACAACAACAGACAAUGAAAAGAUUGUUCAAAAAGGAGUGAAAAGAAGUGGAACUUUCAUCCCAGCCCUUCAUAAGAAAGAAACUGAUCAUUAGCGGACACUUAAUAGCACCAUUAAUUAGUGCCAACAUUUUGUUUUGUUGGAGGAAAUGAUCCUGUUAAAGAUA